AUGGCUACUGACGCUGGAAAAAUCAUACUGGAGAAGUUGUUUCCGAUAGCCGUUGAAGAAUUCAAACUUGUGCAGGGUUUUGAGAAAGACUUGGCAAUCCUAAGAAAUUAUAUCAAAAAGAUCUACGAAGUUUUGGAAGAUGCCGAAAAGCGCGAAAUCACUGAGAGGGCGGUUGAAAGCUGGCUCAAGGACCUCAAAGAUGCCGCCGAUGAUGCCAAAAUUGUUUUGGACGAGAUCAAAUAUGAAGAUUUGCGUCGUACAAUAGAGACAGAGGACGAGAUUGGGUGCUUGUACUUCCCUUGCAUUAUGACAUUUCUACGAAAGAUGGCUCACAAAAUCACUUUUCAUUGGAAGAUGUCUCACAAGAUCAAGGGCAUAAAUGAAAAUUUCAAAAGGAUAAACAACGAAGCUGAUAGCCUUGGCCUCAACAGAGAUUUCACUAAUUAUCCUCGUUCGAAGCCUCUGGUCAAGGAAAUUACCAAGCCUCUGGUCACGGAAACUACCAGCUUCACCGUUGAUCCAAUUGUCAUUGGAAGAGUUAUAGAUAUUAGAAAAAUUCUGGGGACAGUCCUCAACUCAGGCGAUAAUGUCCUUUCUGUCCUUCCCAUAGUCGGAAUGGGAGGUCUUGGCAAGACGACUUUAGCACGCCAGAUCUACAAUGACCCUUGUAUAGAAACUGAUUUCCAAAAAAUGAUUUGGGUUUGUGUAUCAAAAAAUUUUGAUCAGACGACGCUUUUCAAAAGGAUCCUGGAAUUAUUAUUGGGCAAAGAUUUUGGUGGAGGUAGCAAGCAAGCUGUUGUUAAAAAGAUUGCAGAGGAAUUAAAAUACAAAAGAUACUUGCUAGUUCUCGAUGAUUUACGGAAUGAAGAAACAGAAGAUUGGGAUGAAUUCAAAAAUACACUUGAGGGAGCUAGCUCUAGAAAAGGAAAUUUCAUCAUCGUCACCACACGUGAGGAAAAGGUGGCAUCUAUUGUGAACACUUGCAAUUGCCCAUGUAGAUUGAGGUCAUUAACAGAUGAUGAAUGCUGGCUCAUAAUCAGAUCAAUGGUAUUUCAAGAUAAAGAAGUAACGAAAGAAUUUGCGAUCACCGGAUUGAAGAUUGCCGGCAAAUGUAGAGGUUUACCUCUAGCAGCAAAUGUGAUUGGAAGAGUUUUACGAGGAAAGAAAAUAGGAGAGUGGGACUCAAUCCUACGGAUUGGGCUUUCAAAUCUUGAAGCGGGUGAAAAGGGCAUCUUGCAAGUCCUAAAGGUGGGAAAAUACUUAUCAAUGUGCACCACCUCGGCGGGUGGGCCAUCACACACCCACAAAGUGUGUGGGUCAUCCAUCGAGGUGGCACCUUGA